AUGAAGACCAGUCAGCUAAAAAAAACAUUCCAGAUGCAUAGAAGCAGUCUUUUAAAAACUUACCACAAUUGUGGCGAUGGAACAUACCAUUUCAAAUUGCUGGUGCCAAGUGUGGCCGCCGGCGCCAUUAUUGGCAAAGGUGGAGAGACAAUCGCCCAACUGCAAAAAGAAACAGGUGCCAGAGUAAAGAUGUCCAAAUCUCACGACUUCUACCCAGUACACACCACUUCAACAACGCUGUCGGCCAUUUGUAAUUUCUCAAACCGAACAUCAACGAACAAGUUGGAAAAGACCAAUCACAACAAAUGCCACACCAAAGCAAAGGACUACCUGAGCUUAUAUACUCUUCAUGUAAGUCAACAGAGGCGAGAUUUAAGAACAUCUCGUGAUCCACACCGCCUUUGUCGCGACCGGUACACACUAUGCAACCGGAAAUGCACGCCAAAUUGUUUUAAUCCUUUUAACAGAGUGCUUUAG